AUGAAUCACUUGGAGGAAGAAGAGAGAGUGAGCGCAGGUAUUCUGAGUUCUGAUGUUUCAGCAUCAGCACGGGUGAAGUUGGUCCACAAUCUAGAAGGGAUGAGAUAUUUCCGGCCCUUUCCUCGGUAUUACAGGCAUCUCUUGGCUUUUAUUUUUGCCAUUGAUGAGAUAAAUAAGAACACUGAUAUCUUACCCAACCAGACUCUGGGGUACCACGCGCUGGACUCCUGCGGAGACGCCAACUUGGCCGUUAGUAACGUGAUACAGAUAUUAUCUGGAGCCACCGUCACCGUUCCAAAUUACUCCUGCGGGCAACACGGACAGCUGGCCGGGGUGAUUGGAGAUCUGUCUUCACAAACAUCGACACAAAUAGCAAACGUAUUAAGAUCAUUUGGAUACCCACAGAUCAGCUUUGGUGCAACAGACCCCAUUCUGGCAAACAAACAGUUAUAUCCAUCGUUUUUCCAGACUCUUUAUAAUGACCGCGUUCAGUGUCUCGCCAUCAUAAAGUUACUCAAACAUUUUGGAUGGACAUGGGUCGGUAUCCUUACGUCAGAUGACGAUAGCGGGGAGGCGCAGAGUCGAGAAAUACAAAGACUAGCAAACGAAAAUGGAAUUUGCAUUGAAUUCAUCCUGAAGUCCCAACCGAAGCAAAGCUUUAAAAUAAUCAAAACCAACAAACAGAUCCUUAGGAACUCAACCUCUCAGAUUCUUGUGAUAUGUGGUUCGGUUUCGUUGUGGUCAGCGUAUAUAGAUGAGAGUGAAGGUGGCGAUAUGUACAAAAAGACUGUAAUUAUCCCAGCGAGUUGGACCCUUCACUUCCAUGGUGAUAAUAGCUCCAUAUCCUUAUCCACAUUUAACGGCAGUCUCGUAUUCACACGUUCCCAUAAAUCUAUUCCCACCAUGCAGGACUUCUUUGAGAAUAUAAAUUUUAUGUACCGUCCCACUGACACUUUACUAGAAGAGAUCUGGGCUGCGUAUUUCUCCUGCGAGACCUCAAACUCAGACUGGAACUGGAUAAUUGAGUAUACGUACGGGACUCGCCUCCAUAACUGCAGUAUGAACAGAAAUAUGACAGAGUUUGCCAGUCACUUAUACAACUCCAAGAGUUUUGGAACCCCAUAUCAGGUUUAUAAAGCAGUUUAUGCCAUGGCUCAUGCUCUGAAUGACUUUAAUAUGUACAUGGAGAGGCACUCCAAAAGAAAUUCUACUUGGUCGCAUAAACGAAUGCGGGAGUAUUUUCUGAAAAGAGUUCGUUUUAAAGAUCCCACCGGAGAAGAUGUGUAUUUCAAUAAAAAUGGGGAAAUGACAAAUGUUUACCAUAUUCAAAAUUAUGUUAUUUCAAGAAAUGGGGCCUACUUUGACCAACUUGUUGGGACUUUCAGCGUGUCCUCUGAAGGAGAGCGACUCACCAUCAACGACAGUGAAAUAAUAUGGAAAUACGGCACUACUGAGAUUCCUCGUUCUCGAUGUUCUGAUGACUGUCCUCCUGGCCACAGAAGAGUUUUACGUAAAGGGAAACACACCUGCUGCUUCGACUGUGUGCUGUGCUCCGAAGGAGAGAUAUCGAAUCAAACAGAUGGAGGGUCAUGCACAAAGUGCCCAGAUGACCAAUGGCCAAAUGAGACAAAGGAAAAGUGUGUUGAGAAACCCACUGAAUAUUUAUCGUACAAAACUGAUUUAAUAGCCAUAGCCCUGUCUACUAUUACUGUAUUUUUGUUUGUCAUAUCCGCCAAUAUUUUGGGUAUUUUUAUUUUAUAUGGGGACACUCCCAUUGUGAAGGCCAAUAACCGGAAUCUGAGCUUUAUACUUCUUGUCUCCAUUAUGUUGAGUGACCUCUCUGUGCUGUUGUUUCCUGGUCAUCCUACAGACGCAACCUGCAUGCUGCGUCAAACCUCAUUUGGAAUCAUCUUCUCGGUAGCUGUGUCUUCUCUGUUGGCCAAGACCAUCAUGGUCUGCAUCGCUUUCAAAGCCACCAAACCCGGCAGCACCUGGAGAAAAUGGAUUGGUGUUAAAAUACCCAACUGUGUGGUGUUUGUCUGCUCAUUUAUCCAAAUUGUAAUUAGCAUCUGCUGGUUGUCAAUUUCUCCUCCGUACCAGGAAAUGAACACUCACUCCUACCCUGGAAAGAUCAUUAUUCAGUGUAAUGAGGGGUCAGUAGUUGCUUUUUACACUGUUCUGGGGUACAUGGGCUUCCUGGCCGCUGUGAGUUUCGUUGUCGCUUUCCUGGCCAGAAAAUUGCCGGACGGUUUCAAUGAAACCAAAUACAUCACCUUCAGCAUGCUGAUCUUCUGUAACGUCUGGAUCUCUUUUAUCCCGGCUUAUAUGAGCGUCAUGGGCAAAAACACAGUGAUUGUAGAGAUUUUUGCUAUACUAGCAUCAAGUUCUGGAAUACUAGGUUGCAUAUUUUUCCCAAAGUGUUAUAUUAUAUUGUUUAGACCUAGUUUAAAUAAAAAGGGUUAUUUAUUUAAAGUACCUCACUGA